AUGGACAAUACUCCCAAAACCUACGGCCCAAAGGCUACGAUUUUCGCUACAACAGCGCAGAACUUUCUAUUAAUUGGAUUGGGCAUGGAAAUAGGAAUGCCCACAAUUGUUAUUCAACAAUUAUAUCGAAAUUCGGACAGUGAAUUCUCAUUAACAUUAACUGAAGUUUCGUGGUAUGGGAGUAUAUUGUUUAUAUUUCAUCCGACCGGAAGUUUUCUAUCGGGAUUCCUGCAAGAAAGAUAUGGAAGGAAACGGUGCAUGAUUCUCGCCAACGUCCCCAGUAUUUUCGGAUGGAUAUUGCUGUACUAA